GAUUACAAAUUACUGAAGGAACUUGGUCCGCGAGCUUCUGGAGAUCCAGAUGAAGUCACAGACUUACUGGAUGAGGGAGCUAAUCCAAAUUGUAUGAAUGCAGAUGGUUUUCCUGCGCUGACAGUGGCUGUAAUGAAUAACCACGUUGAUUGCAUCCCUGUACUGGCUGAUGUUGGUGCUGACGUAAAUGCUAAAUCUCCAGGAAGGAAUGGUAAUACUGCAUUACAUGAGGGCGUACUCCUCGGCCCAGAUGGUCAAGAAGCGAUUGAAGCUCUAUUGGACUGCAACGCAAACUGCAAAUGUAAGAAUGACAGAGGUGAAACGCCUUAUGAUUUAGCAAUGAAGAAAGGAUACGAAUCAAUAGCAGCCAUAUUUGCAUCCAGUAUGGGUCAAAGCACUCUCAAUAAAUUCAGUGGUGGGAAAGGAAGACGAGGAUCCAGAGAUUCUGCAGCUUCCGGAAGUCAAGGAGGAAGGAAACGACACACAUACAAGGAAAAGAGCAUUAAGGGGAUAGGAACUGUUACUGAAUUCCCAAACUUUGAUGCGAAAAAAGAUUCUGAAGUUUUGAGGAAAGCUAUGAAAGGCUUUGGCACGGAUGAGAAAUCCAUCAUUGCGGUGGUGUCGCAGAGAUCUAACAAACAGCGACAGAAGAUUAGUAGAGAGUUCAAGACUAUGUAUGGAAAGGAUCUUAUUAAAGAAUUUAAAAGUGAAAUGAGUGGUAAACUACUUGAUGUUAUCUUAGGACUGAUGAAGAAACCAGCUGAAUUUGAUGCUUCUGAGCUGAAAAAAGCUGUCAAGGGACUGGGUACAGAUGAGGAUGCCCUUAUUGAGAUACUUUGUACGAGAACAAAUGCAGAAAUCCUAGCAAUUAAUGAUGAAUAUGAAAGAGUGUAUAAGAAUACUCUUGAAGAUGACGUUAUCUCAGACACAUCAGGCCAUUUUAGGAGAAUCCUUGUCUCAGUUAUCCAGGGUAACCGACCAGAGGAAGAUGAAAUUGAUCCACAACAAGCAAAGGAUGAUGCACAGGCAUUGUACAAUGCUGGUGAAAAGAAAUGGGGAACCGACGAAUCAAAGUUCAAUGAAGUCAUGGCGUCUAGAAGUUAUCCUCAACUACGUGCAACAUUUGACGAGUAUGGUAAAAUUAGUAAAAAAGACAUUACACAGGCUAUUAAGAGUGAAAUGUCUGGUGAUUUGAAAAAUAGUAUGCUGACCAUUGUGAGAUGUGUGAGGAACAAACAUAAAUAUUUCUCUGAUAAAUUAUACAAAUCAAUGAAGGGAGCUGGUACGGAUGAUGAUGCUUUGAAGCGUAUCGUGAUAUCCCGCUGUGAGGUUGACAUGGUGAACAUCAAAAACGAAUUCCAGAAUGAUUAUAAAAAAACUCUUGGAAAGUUCAUUGCUGAAGAUACAUCAGGUGACUACAAGAGGAUCCUACUUUCAUUGGUUGGUGGAGAAAGUUAAGAAGCUACAAACUAAAUCAAAUGGUCACCAGUAUUUGGUUACCAUGGAAAUAAACAUUUAUAGAAUUACUGAUGCACACUACAAUACCUUUCUGAAUAGUGGCUGUAGAAUACAUCCAUUUAAUACCUAAAUUCAAUAUGAUUUUAAGAUUUUGAUAUUACAGACAAAAUUGGGUAUUAGAUUGUAUAAUUUUUAUGUAUUGACACAUUUUUAUUCAAAUAAGCCUUAUUUUAGAAUUUUUUAUGAAAUGUGCCAUUUCUUUUAUUAUUGUAAAUAAUUGUAUUAUAGACAUUACAGUUUCACACUGAAAUAUAUGUAGACAGGCUAGCAUUUAUGGUUUUUAAUACCUAGUAAAAUUGCCAAAAAUCAAUCAUAUUUUCAAGUCGAUAAAUAUUACUGUAACAAACUUAUUUCAUAAUACUACCGGUAUAAGCAGCUAAGCUUUACCGAGCCCCCAAAAAAUUGAUGAAAUAGUCACUGGGGCUUUUUACUAUGUACUCUUAAUUUUAUAAGUUUAUCAUAGUGCAAUUUCUAACGCCAACAAAUUGAUGUAGAUAUCUGUGGGAAUAGCUACAAUCUAUUUAGGAAUGUCUACGGUCAACUCAGGAAAAUCACUCAGUCAUGAGAAUCAGUUAACCAUUCCAUAGUUUUAUUCCGAACACACCAUGAGAUAACAAGAUGGUGGCACAACCAGAAAAAGUGACAGAUUGUAACAAUAACAAAUUUGAGCAGUAAACUGUGAUUGGCUGAACCGUAUACAUUGUAUCCAAAUAUAACAAUGACGUGAUUGUAAUGUUUCUACAUAAACUAAAACAUGUAUGGGUCCCAACGAUAAUAUCACGUAAUUGGCAGCUUUACUCUAAAAUAAAACUACCACAGCAAAAUGUUGUGAUCACAAGUAUAUUCAUAAUCAUAAGAUUUUAUGACAAUUAUUUUUCAUAUCUGCUUAAUAUAUAUAUAUAUUUUUGUCUUAAGUGCAAAGCUACAUUGUAAAUAUUAUUGGUA